CCAAAUUUUGAUCCAUCUCACAUUUUCACACUUUCACUCGCACCCUUAUCCUAUCAUCUUCUCUACUCCUCUCUCCCUCCCUCUCUCUCAGAUUCAGUAUGGCUUGUUGGACGCCGUCCUCUGCUAUCCUCCGCCCUUCGCCCCACUCGCCGCCCUCCACCGCGUACCCCGCGCUCCCAUCCGCCGCCUCGUUCCCCAGACAGCACCUUGAGUUCCCCCUCAAACCAUCCGCCGCCAAACGCUUCCGCCGCCCCCUCCGCACGCUGGCCGCCGUGGACGCUCCCGAGAAGGUCGUCCAGCUCGGAGACGAGAUCGCGGGAUUGACUCUCGCCGACGCGCAGAAGCUCGUCGAGUACCUCCAGGACAAGCUCGGCGUCUCCGCCGCGUCCUUCGCCCCGGUUGCCGCCGCCGCCGCCGCUCCGGCCGCGGCAGAGGCGGCCGCGGCCGUUGAGGAGAAGACGGAGUUCGACGUCGUCAUCGAGGAUGUGCCAAGCAACGCCAGGAUCCCGACGAUUAAGGUAGUUAGGGCUUUGACCAGCCUGGCGUUGAAGGAGGCAAAGGAAUUGAUCGAAGGGCUGCCGAAGAAGUUCAAGGAAGCGGUGUCGAAGGACGAGGCCGAGGAGGCCAAGAAGCAGCUCGAGGCGGCUGGCGCCAAGAUCGCCAUUGUAUAAGAUCCCGGCAUACACUACGGUAAUUUGUUCUGAAAAUUGAAGGCGUAUUUGGUCUGUAUUGAUUUUGUAGUUGUAGAUCCAUUUAUGAUGUGAAGUUUGAAUCAGCUAAAGUGUUUAACCCCAAUGGAGUUUGUGCUUGGAAUUAAAAGUUAUUUGGAUUCAAAAUGGUGUCAAAUUCCUUCCUUAUCUCGCUGUAGUUCAAUCUUUGGAUAAUCCAGUUGAAAUGAUGAAUGAAUGGAUUACAAACACAGAUAAUUCCUUAUGAUUGGAUGGAUCUCACAUACUCAAGGAUUUUCCUUUUUCAUAUUGCUGUGGUCUGUCUAAGUACUCUCUACUAUAUCCUCAGUCUAAGUCAUUCUUUCCUCUUAAAAUCCAAUUUUCAUUUUCAUUUUUUCACACUCUCUCCGGUGCAAUUUUUCUCUCCUCUCCGGCGACCGCUGCUCCUCUCCUCUCCCACAACUCACUCACCCGCGUUGCUCCUAUCGUUGCUCCUCUCUGCACCUGACACACCUGCACUGCUCCGCCGGCUUCCUCAACCUCUCAUUGCUUCUCAAGAGUUCUCGCGCACGCAAUUGGAGAUAGAGGCGGGAGCAGGUAUGAGGAGUAGAUUGACGGCGGAUGGAUGGAGCAGAGUAGAUCAUCGACUGAGUAAACAUCUAAGUUUCAAUGGAAUGGAUCUUAGAGUUGACAAAGAGGUGGAUCUAAAGGAGUGCCACAAUCAAAGUUCCGUCAACAUAGCUCAUUGGACAGUGGACGUGGAAUGGCUGGCUCAGAAAAAUCUUCUCAGUCUAAUGAAGGCAAAAGGAGAAACAACUAGAAAACCAAUCAUGAGGCCUCAACUGAGGGCAGAAGCUAGGAAAAAAAGAAGGGACACCGGGCUUCUCAACCACCUCCUGAAUCAAAUAUACCAAGAGGACAAAGACACUGACUAUAUUGAAAGUCAGAAACAGAAUCGUGUUGAGCAGAUGAUGCUUACAAAAAUUGCACGUCGCCUAUGCUUACAAAUAAUUUGA